AUGUCCUCUGCAAGCGGAGAUGAGGUUGAAAUUGCGAUGGCUGAACCAGUGAGACGUACUAGAUCAGGUGGUCGAGCUCGUAAGACAGUAGUGGCGAAGAAAUCACCUGUGAAGAAACUUCUUGCCAGGGCAACGCGCUCCCCGAGGAAGAUUCACGACACCGAGGAGGUUGAGGAAGGUUCUUCUGCACUAGAAGAAAGCUUAAUGGAAAAUGUCCCGGAAAAUGGAGUUCAACGACUAUCAGAUAUUAUUAUCGACCAACGUAGCGAGGAAGAUACUCCUAUGUUACAUUUAGAACUGGAAGAUUCAGAAGACGCAAAUAUACAUGAAAUAAACAUGGGUCAAAGUGAAGAAAUAGAACAAGAUAUAGAAGAUAUGAGACAUUCUAACAUCAGAACAGAAGGGAUAAUUAUGGAAGACAGUAGCAUGGACAAAGAAAUGCUAGCUGAACGUGAAGAUAUUGAGAUGGAAGAUCAAGACGCCAGUAAUGAUGAUUCAAAUCAGCAACGUGUGUUGAUUGAUUUUCAAGAAGUUAUUAACGAGGAUGGUACUACGAUGACGCAAGAGAUUCUAGAAGCAGAAGAGGUAGAUUCGGAGAACUUAAGUGCGCAUACUGGUACUGGAAUUCAAGUUAUGGAAAUUGAUGAUUCACAGCAAGAAAUGUCAGAAGUAGACACAGUACUGGGCAAAGUAGAAGAACCUGAUAUGGAAGUGUCGCAAAGCGACUCCUUGCCGCGUAUAGAAAUAACUGAAGUGAUUGAGAAUGAAGAUGACACGCAAAAAACAGAGCCUGAUACGGAAGCUGUGUCAGAAGAUGAGUUACCAAGUGAAACUACAGCCAAGGAACCUGAAACCGAGGCGGUCUCUGAUGAAGAACUACCGGCUGCUCCUCCUGCAGAUUUGGGCGAAACUGAAUCUGUAUCUGAAGACGAAUUACCACCGGACAGUGAUAAGAAGAGGAAGAGCGGGGCAAAGUCGAUGAGUAAAACGCCGGAAAAGAAAGCAAAAGUGGAAGGCGGAAUUAAGCGUAAAUUGAAUGCAGAAGGAGAAUACGAUCCCAGUUCUCCAACAUCUGAGAACAACGACGAGGCACCGACAAAAAAAGUAGCCUUGUCGAGCGAAGUAGACGUAGGAGAUAAGCAAGAGACUAAGCCAGCAUCGCCGAAAAAGAAAACUUUGCCCGAACUGGAAAAAUAUUGGAAAGCUGUUAAUGAAGAUCCAUCUGACUUUACGGGAUGGACAUAUCUUUUACAAUACGUAGAUCAAGAAAUUAACUUUUAA